AGCCGGGCUGAACGGACCUGCACCGCCGCACAGGCUUUCCCCGGCCGUCCGGCUCCCGCAGCCCUUUGACAGCUCCAGCGGGCCCCGGGGCUAAGCGGGACGGGCGGCGAGGCAGGUCCUCCUGCCGCCGGGGGCGCAGUGGAUGCGGGAGCAGGAGCAGCUGCACCGCGCAGCGGAGAAGGGUAGCGCCCGACCCGCAAGGAGCAGCCGGGGCGGCGGCUGCUCGGCGGCCAUGGCUGUAAAAGAUCCCACAGCUGUAGAAAGAGCAAAUUUGCUGAACAUGGCUAAGUUGAGUAUCAAAGGACUGAUUGAAUCAGCUUUGAGCUUUGGUCGGACUCUGGAUUCUGACUAUCCGCCUUUGCAACAGUUCUUUGUUGUCAUGGAGCAUUGCCUAAAACAUGGUCUUAAAGUAAGAAAAUCCUUUCUAAGUUAUAAUAAAACUAUUUGGGGCCCUCUGGAACUUGUUGAGAAGUUGUACCCAGAAGCUGAGGAAAUAGCAGCUAGCGUCAGAGAUUUACCUGGCCUCAAAACACCAUUGGGCCGUGCCAGGGCAUGGUUACGAUUGGCUCUAAUGCAAAAAAAAAUGGCUGAUUAUCUACGCUGUCUGAUCAUUCAAAGAGAUCUCCUCAGUGAAUUUUAUGAGUACCAUGCACUAAUGAUGGAGGAAGAAGGAGCUGUUAUUGUUGGACUCUUGGUUGGUUUAAAUGUGAUAGAUGCUAAUCUGUGUGUAAAAGGAGAAGACUUGGAUUCACAAGUUGGUGUGAUUGAUUUCUCUAUGUAUUUAAAGAAUGAUGAUGAUAUUGGCAGUAAAGAAAGAAAUGUACAGAUUUCUGCAAUUUUGGACCAAAAGAAUUAUGUUGAGGAACUAAAUCGACAACUAAAUAGCACAGUCAGCAGUCUUCAUGCAAGAGUGGAUUCAUUAGAGAAGUCGAACACUAAACUUAUUGAAGAGUUAGCAAUAGCCAAAAACAAUAUUAUUAAACUUCAGGAAGAAAAUCAUCAGCUAAGAAGUGAAAAUACACUUAUUUUAAUGAAAACACAGCAUCAUCUAGAGGCAACUAAAGUGGAUGUGGAGGCAGAGCUUCAAACGUACAAACAUUCCAGGCAAGGGCUGGAUGAAAUGUACAAUGAAGCACGCAGACAACUUAGAGAAGAAUCUCAACUACGACAAGAUAUAGAGAAUGAGCUAAUGGUUCAAGUUAGUAUGAAGCAUGAGAUAGAACUUGCAAUGAAGUUGCUGGAGAAAGACAUUCAUGAGAAACAAGAUACCCUGAUAGGCCUCCGACAACAGCUAGAUGAAGUUAAAGCAAUUAACAUGGAAAUGUACCAAAAAUUGCAGGUUUCUGAAGAUGCCAUGAAAGAAAAGAAUGAAAUAAUUGGUCGAUUAGAGGAUAAGACCAAUCAAAUUACUGCAACUAUGAAACAGCUUGAACAAAGAUUGCAGCAAGCAGAGAAGGCUCAAAUGGAAGCUGAGAAUGAGGAUGAGAAAUUUAAACAAGAAUGUAAGAAUAAAUCUGAAAGCCUUCAGAAAGAAAUCUCUCAAAAGGAAAAGCAACUGAUUCAACUGGAAACAGAUUUGAAGAUAGAAAAGGAAUGGCGACAAGCAUUGGAAGAUGAUUUUCAAAAGGAAAAAAAAACACUCUCUCAUCUUAGAAUAGAGACACAGCAAAUAACUAGCCUUAAAAAAGAAUUCCUUGAACUACAGGACAAAAACCAGCAGUUGAAGAAGUUAUGUCAGGAUCAAGAAGCAGCCCUCCAAGAGCUUGCCUACAAGCUUAGCGAAGCCAAGCUUAAAAUAGAAGAUAUAAAAGAAGCCAACAAAGCAUUGCAGGGGCAAGUUUGGCUGAAAGAUAAAGAAGCUACACAUUGCAAAUUAUGUGAAACAGAAUUUUCUCUUUCUAAAAGGAAGCAUCACUGUAGAAACUGUGGUGAAAUUUUCUGUAACGCCUGCUCUGACAAUGAGCUGCCUUUGCCGUCCUCGCCAAAGCCUGUCCGAGUCUGUGAUUCCUGUCAUGCAUUACUUAUACAGAGAUGCUCUUCCAACCUUCCAUAAAAUUCCUUUACAAAAUGCUUCUGAAAUUUUGCUGCUUGACAAAUCAUGUAAAAAGAUCUAAUGUAAAGUAUUUUUGUGUGUGCUUCUGGAAUUCAGAUGAGUGGUCCAGUUUGGGGUUUUCAAAGCAUAUGAACAAUGGUGUUAAGUAGGCAUUUCUAGUUGAAGCUGAUUGGGAAAUGAGUGCCACACACCCUGAGACUUCUUUAAAGAUCCCAUAUUUAGAAUUAGAUUCUAAUACUUGACCCUAACAGGCUGCUUAGGAAGGAAAGUUUAGAUAUAGUUUUAAUGUAAAGAGUAUUUCAUAUUGAAGCUUUCCUUAAACGGCUCUGUUUAACAGUUUUAAAGGACACUAAGCAAAUGUGUGACUUUCAUACCAAAGUAUAGUCAAUAAAAUUUUAUUUUGAAUAACUAAUUCAAAUUACAUCACAAAUUAAACUGUUUUGGUAAUAUAUUUGAAAAAUCCAGUUUGAUUUUAAUUAUUAGCCUUGAGUAUUUUGCACAGUUCAUAUUUGUAGUUAGUUACUUAUUUUUAAAAAGCUGGGCUAAGUUAUGUGCCAUAUAUCUAAUAGCCAAAACUACACUUGGAUAUAUGCAAAGUCAAUGGGAAUUACAUACAUAUGUCUAGGGCAAGAAAUUAAAAAUUUAGAUGACUCAUUAGCCUCAAUUAUUUAUUUACAUGGUUCAUAUUUUUAUUUAACUUUUCAUUUUUAAAAAGCUUCUAAUAGCCAAAAGUAUAUUCAGAUACAUGCAGGGAACUCUCAGCAAAGUGCAUAGGAGUUGCACAUGUAUAUCUGGUGGCAAAACUGUAGAUUAUUCAUAAGUCUACAUUACUUCUUUGCCAUGUUGCAUUAGAGAGAAAAAUCAGGCCUGCAAACAUGCAACACUACAUUUAAUUUCUUUGUAACGCAGCUCUUCUAGUAAGUAUGUUUAAGCUACAGAUUUUAAGUACGUUUAAGGUACAGAACAGUUAAAUCAUAUUGACAAAUCAUCAUCUUAAGUUUAAUGUGUUCAUACAUGUGAACUGCAUUUUUUUGUACUUGUUUAGACACUCAUUUUUUCUUUUCUUAACGGUUACAGGCUAUCACAAAGAUUUGUUUACUUUUAAUUAUUCAGUGUAAAAUGCAAGAAUCCAGAACCUUUUGGCAGCAUUCCAUCUGUUUUCAACAUUCCAGCAUCGAAUUUACAUUAUAUGUUAAUUCAUUAACACACUAUUAUGCCUCUAAAUAACAUCCUGCUGUUCCUGUUAUCAUGAUAGUAUUGCCAACCCCAAUCAUUCAAAAAAUAUGAGUUGAACAUUAGAAAUAAUGAAACUAGCAUAAAUAACACUAUUUGUUUAAAAAAAGGCCCAGUUAGGACCUCUUUUUAGUUACCUAUUGGUUUCUGGGCUAAUAGAAUGCACUUGGGUCACAUUUUCGAGCUUUCUCUGCCAUUGUGAAGGGUAACAACUUCCUUUGUUUGAAAUAAAACUUCUACAUAAAUAACUUCAGAAGCUCGGGCUUUAAGAAAACACCAUAGAUUCUGAGAAACAUGAUAAAAUUGCAAGAGAUGGCAACAUGCCAUGCAAAAUAUGUUGAAACCAAAUGAUUUAUAUGAAGAUUCACUAGAAACAAAAAUGUCAUAAAACUGCACAUGACCUGCGUGUUAGUCUUAGCCUAAGAAUGAGUUUCAGUAGAACUAUGGAAAAAUGGAUUUUAGUUAGCAAGUCAACUUUGAAAGGGAUUACCCUUAGUUUAAAAAUACUUAAAAAAUAAUGAGCAAUUAUGAGGCUAUAACUCUUAUCUAGCUGUCCGAAAACAAUAGAUGGUCAAGAGGUAUAAUAUUAACACAGAGAAUGUCAUACUUAAUAGGUUGAUCACCUGUUUAUUAUGUGGUAGUGACAAUUAUUUAAGUAAGGUUGCAUGAGAACUUCUGUUCUAAUCCCGAUUUUCACUUUUUAAAAAAACUUUUAUAUGCUCAACUUCUGAGUUGAAAUUUUUUAGUUCAAGGUGAAUUCCUUAAUGGGAAGUUUGAGCAGAAACUGUGCCCAGUUAUUAAUUGAGAGCAUUCUAAUUGUGAGCAUAACUUUUCCAAAGUAUGAGGAAGAAAAGUGCAAGGUUUUUUUUUUUUUUAAAGCAAAAAAAGUUAAAUAUGGGGAAGCAGUAAUCUUCACUGAAGCAGUGCUCAACCUUGUUCUGGAACAAAUUGGUUUCUGUAUGACCAAAUGUAAAACUAUAUGCCUAGCUUGUUAAAUAUUAGUUUAAAGGACAAAUUGCUCAGUUGUGUUUUGAUAAUUUGGCUUCACAGUGAGCCCCUUAAAUUGCUGUGAGUUGGUAAGGAGAAAUGGGACUUGAGUAAGAGGUCCUGUACAGAUGUUCACAUGAGGCAUCUAAAGAAAGCCUCCUGUAGAUUUAUAAGCUCAGCUAUAUCUGUAUGCCUCACUUACUGCUGUGUCUUGCAAGCCCUCAUGAACCGUUGAAUUAGCCUCUUCCUUUAGGUUUUGUUGUUCACUUGGCUGUUGAAGGGUCUUAGCUUUGCCAGAAUAAAUGCUGUGCUUCUGAGGAGCUAAAGACCUUCAAUAGCCCUGAGCUUCUUGUAGCUGUGGCAAUGCAAAGGAGAGUGGCUCCUUCCCAUGUGUUCUAAGAGAUGAGUCUGUGUUGUUAUGUCUAGGCAAGCUGACCUGGACUGUGUAUGCAGAUAUAUGUGCUCACUGCUCUUGGGAGGGCAGCUUCACUGAAAAGUAGCUCUGAAAAAAAUGUUAUGCGACUAUGUAAUUGUGUGUAUAUGUUAUGGUACAGACUAGAGGAUUAGACUUCAGGUUGAAUGUGAAUCCUUAACAUUAUCAUUUUCUGAUUUUUUUUUUUUUUGACUGCUGAAACAUGGGACCUUAAUGCCUUAUAUGAAUGCCAUUGUUACAGUGCUAACACUUGCCCUUAAUUAAAAAAAAAUUAUAUCAUAACUUCCAGCUUGGUUGAGAAAAUUUAAAUCUAAAGAAGAGUUUAUACUCUGAUAGUACUGGGGACAAUAUUGUUGUGUAGGAGCUAAAUAAAAAGGUGAGAUCUGAA